UUUUCAAACCGAGAGAAGGAAAGCGAGGGUGCGUCUCUGGAUUACCUCCAUCUGGGCGUGCGGCCUCAUUUUAGCCAUAAUCUCUUUGACUCUCUCCAAAAAGGCGCUUUUCUACAUGCUCUGCCGCCCGCACAUCGGGGGCAGCGGCGGCGAGGCCGACCAGCGCCACACGGAUCCGUUCGGGCCCUACGUGUUGGUGCCGGUGUGGGGACUCUCUUUGACCGUGAUCGUCGUCCACUACGUGCGGAUCUUCAAAGUUGUGAGGCAGCACCGGAAGAAAGUGUUCAACCGCGGGGUCCAGCUGAGGCCCACAGUGGCGGAGCAUGUGUGGGCCUGGCUGAGCGUCCCUUCUUCAGCACCUCGGACAGCUCCGCGGGGCUCCAGCAGGUCUCUGCCCCUCAGGCCGCUGCCUCUCCGCCGGACGAUGCUGCUGGUGGCCGAAGCGGGCGCUCCCUGUGCGGGCGUCGCCGCGGCCAGACCCCCGGAGAUCGUAGGGGCAGUUUGCCUCUUGACCCCCGGAGCCAAGGAGCGCGGCAAGAAACAGAUGGAGGGGAAGCUGGCCCAGCGCUUUGGGUACAUUAUCAUUGCGUUCACGCUUUUCUGGGUGCCCAUGGUGGUUAUUCUGCUCAUGAAUGUCAUCUCGUGGCCGGACAGAUUACAGAUGGAGCUGGAGACAUCAGCGGUGGUUCUGACCUUCGUACAGGCUGCAGUGGAUCCCCUCAUUUACACUUUUGUCACCAGGCAGUUUCGAACUGAACUCAGCAAGAUCUUGUCCUCCAUCCCAGGGUGUCCCCCAAAACCAUGAGGCUGAAGGUUCACUAUUUGGAUGUGAACAUGCAAGCCUUCACAAAGGACUGCACUUUGGGAGCUGAAUCUACCCUCUGAAGCUCAGUAUAUGUAGGAGCUGCUACCGUAUGAGUUAGUACAAGGCGGGUGAAGAAGACAGCCUCACAGAUUGUAUAUUUGUGGCAGAUAUAGAUGUUUUAUCAGGCGUUUCACAGUCGGGACACAAGACAAGGUCAUAAAUAAUAUCCAACACCUGACAAGAUACGCACAGCAGUAGUCUCAACAACGACAGGUGGCAUAGGAGGGCAAAGCAAAGAGUGAGAGGAAAAAACUGACUGAGCCCAGAAAAAAGACAAUCAAAGGAGAGUACAUAACAGAGAAAGAGAGAGACAAACACAACCACAGACCUGUUUUUGCUGUUUGUAAAUAAAAAUGCCAUCCUUUGACACUUUGAGCGGAAUAUAUGCUUACAUAAUAUUUCAAACCGUGUCAUUUUAAAGUGCAGCUUGACACAAAACAACCUGUUUUCAAAACAGGGAAGCAGGAAAUUAACCACGUUUAAUCACUGUCCUCAGCAACAAAAUACAGGGAGCCUCACCUCUGCCGUUACCUACGUCAUGCUCCUCUUGUAGACUUCAAUAGAUUCUAAAUGUCGGACUUUAUGCUGUAAAUACGAAGUCAGUGUCUUUAACCCCACUUUUUAAAACACACUUAAAAAGCUC